AUGAACGAUGAAGGUGCGUCUUCUUCAAAUGUUCACGUUGAAAUAGAUAAAGGAGAAGAAUUCAAUUUCGAAUACGAUUUGAAUACUACAAAAAAUCCGACAGGAACUGCGGGAAAUGGCAAAAAAUCGGAGCCAACUCGAAUGUAUCGAAUGAUGAAAAGAACACGAGCACAAGUUUAUUACUGUGAAUUGUGUCAAAAAGAGAUUCGAUAUCCGUCGAAAAUCACAGAACAUAUUAGAAAGCAUACAGGUUAGAUUUUUGAAUUGUUACUUGUUGUAAAUAUUACAUUUAAAAACUAAACAGGUGAACGACCAUAUCGAUGUUCUUUUUGUGGUCAAUGCUUCAGUCAAGCACAUACUUUGAAAAGUCAUGUUCUUUCACACGGUAAUCAAAUGCCGUACAAAUGCUCAUAUUGUAAUACUGAAUUUACAACUGUGAAUAGGCGGAAAAUGCAUGAAAAGGUUAGUAUUCUAUUAACAAGGGCGCUGUGGCUAUAAUUUAUUUUUUGCAGACUCAUAUGAUGGGAAUAGGUUAUGAUCUGAAUUCAGAUGAAGGAUAUUUACAAGUUAUUCCAGCUGAAAGUAAGUUUGUUUUUCUCCAAAGUUAUAUUUCUUCCAACAUUUUCUAGAAGACGGUGAUAAUUCGCAAAUGAAUGUGAGAGAAGAAAAUGAAGGAGGGGAAAUUGUUGGAGUAUUUGAAUGUCCACUUGGAUGUGGAUUCCAAAGUUAUGAAGAAAAUAUCGUUGUUGAACAUAUUUCAAUGGAUCAUGAAAGAUAUGAAGAAGUUUGGGAAGAUGAAGAACAACAACAACAAAUUGUUGAAGAAAAUGAGCAACACGAACAUGAAAUUAAUGGAAUUACAUCGCAUGUUAUUAAAGGAGAGCAGGUUUGAAUUUAUUUCAUUUUAACACUUGGAAAUGUUGAUUUUUUUGUAAAGGUUCCUAGCAAAUAUGUAUGUGGAGAAACAAUUCUAGUAGAAAAUUAUAAUGAAACCGGUCAAAUGUACGAAUAUUUUGAAGAUAAUGUUGAAUAUGAACAAGCGGGUACAUCAAAUAAUCAACAAACAAAUGAGGAAGGACAAGAACAUGUUGUAUAUUUGGAACAAUCUGCAAUUCCAUUGAAUGAAGUUGAAAUUCAAACAUCUGAUGGAUUAUUAGAAAUUUAUACGGAAGAAGAAGAAGGAGUUGAAGAAGGAGAGGAAGAAGAAGAAGAAAUUAUUGACUCGAAAAAUGGAGUUUUGCAGAAUGCACCAGGAUUGAUUCGAAAAGAAAGUGAAAUUGGAAGAAAUCAUUUGUACGGGCAAAUUAUUAUGGAUGAAUUGUAAGUUUUUUUCAGAAAAAAAUGUUUUGAAAAAUUCAGGGAAAUUUCUACCACGAAAAUAUAAUACUGAUAACACUUUAAAUAGUUAACUUUUUCUCAAAAAAAUAUGAGAAAAAUGAAAGAUGUCAUAUUUUUCAGAGUUCAAGUGAUUGGUGAUGACGAAGAAAAAGUUCGAGUAAUUGUUGAUCCGAAUCCACCAAAACGCGGAACAAAAUCACAAGCUGAUUGGGUUGAAUCAUCACGUCAUUUAACUGAAGUUGUUGUCGAUGCUUCAACUCUUGAAAUGGCUGCGCCAGUUCGACAUUUGAAACAAGGAUUUUUGGGAGUUACUACAAAACGAAGAAAACCGACAAAAGAUGCGAAAAAUCUCGAUUGGAUUAUUGAUGCGGUUGCGAAAGGUGUUGAUGUUAAUUCGGCAAGUCCACAUCAUAGAAGAAAACCACAAAUGCAUAAAUGCGAAUAUUGCGGAAAAAUUGAUAAAUAUCCCAGCAAAAUCAAGGUUUGUUAGUUAAUUUGUUAUUUGUUUACAAAAUCUAUUAUUUUCAGGCCCAUAUGCGAACUCAUACUGGUGAAAAACCUUUUAAAUGCGAAAUUUGUGGAAUGGCAUUUGCACAAAGAACUCCGAUGAGAUUGCAUUUGAGAAGACAUUUCGAUCAGAAACCGUAAGAUUUUAUUCAAACCAAUUCAAAAGUGUAAUUUAAAAUAUUUCAGAUAUGAAUGCCUCGUUGAAGGAUGUAAAGAAAGAUUUGUAUCGGGUGCUCUUCUUCGAACUCAUGUUGAAAAGAAACAUUUGAACAAAAAGAAAUAUGUUUGUAUUCGAGGAUGUGGUCGAGUAUUUUCAUCAGCUCAUAAUCAAAGAGUACAUGAAUCGAAAUGUGUUCAUAAUUUGUAUAUGAAUUGGAAUGAAGUCAAUACUGAUUCAGAUUAUGAAGAAAGAUAUCAACAAGAAGAUGAUGAAGAAGAUGGUGGAGGAAUUUAUGAAGAAAAUGAAUUGGAAAUGGAAGAAGAAAAUGAAAUUUAUGAAGAAGAAGAAGAAGAAGAUGGGCAAAUGAUUGGAAAUGAAGAAGAAGAAGAACAUAUUGUUAUUGAACAACCAUCAACUUCUUCAAAUUCGGCUAAUGAAAAUCAUGUUUUCCUACAUCCAUAG